ACUCUCUCUGCUCUCCUGCUCGUGCAAUGUCCUUGUAUCGCAGCCAUGGAGUCUCUUAAAACCGUCCUUAUAUCACCAUGGAAAUGGACCUCGGCGCAGUUUCGAACGCUCAACUUAUCUCAAAGCUACCAAGUCGGCCGAUCGCAUUCUUGGCAUGGAAUCCUUCCCUUCCGAUGGAGAUGAAGGUUGAUUGACCCCUUAGUAUCUAUGCUCCUUGUCGCCCAAUUUACUGUAACACCCCCAUUAGAAUUCGACUUCCUUGCUGCGGAGCUUACAGGGCCAUCCGAGCAAGAUUUAGCGGAUUUCGGGUCAAAGCGUUCCCUUUACCGACGAAGUCCGUACCGUUUGGUUUUUGUGCGACUUCAGGAAGCAGCACAGGCCAAAGACGGCUCAGAGGCUUCCCGACAAGCUUUAACAUUCCUCUUGGAGAGCAUAAUUGUCCACGUGGAUGCCGCUGAACGCCUGUUAGUCAGGCCUGCUGGCUUGGUGCUCGAACGGACUAAGACAACACAGGCAGCUUGUUUUACGCCCAAGAAUUCCAUUUGAAAUCCGUCCUUAUGGGAUACAAGGUUCGCUCAGAUGUGAAGGUGCCCUGGUGGAUAUGUCGCCUCCGCGUUUUCCCUGGGCCAC